GUCCGCCACCAUGAAUGUUGCUUUAUAUAUGCAACAAUAUGUGAAUCAUUCAUCACCUGGACGCUACUAGCCAUGAUUAUUAUCAGUAUGGCGGUAAGCACCAGACCGGCGGCAUUGCUAAUCGGUAUAAACCUUUUGUAAAAACUGCCAAAGUAAUGCUGUAUUUGUUUCAAUCAGUACGAAUUGAGUCACAGCCAAGUAAACAGGGCUAACAUUGCGGUAAUGUGGUAAAGUGGUAAUACAAAAGCACAGUGCUUUAAUUCUUCAACCACUCCCUAUUUAGUUUCAGUAUUUAUUUGUUGCUGUGAAGAGAGUGGAAAAAGUGUUUUAGACACAAAACAUUAUUGAAUUUAUAUAAAUAAACGAAAUGAGCGAAGAUUCAGAGGAAGCUCCCAUCUGGUUAGACACAACCUACGUGGCGAAGAUACUCAACAAUUAUACGCAUAAUCAGUUAAAUGAAAUUAUUUUAUUUACCAAAGAGCCUGCUACUAAAAAAGGUGAAAACUAUGCAAGUUGUAUACAUCUUAUAAAGGUUUCUUAUACCACGAAGGCGGACCCGGAAGCCAUAAGGAAGGUUACACUGAUAGUAAAGUCACGUUUAGAAAAUGAAUUAUUCUCACAAAUAGAGGAAGAUUUCAAUGUGUUUCACCGAGAAUCGCAAGUCUACAAUAUAAUAAUGGGCAAAGCAGAAGAGCUGUUACGCAAUGUCAACGAUGCAACACGUUUUGGACCUAAAGCGAUUUAUGUGGAUGAACGCGUGAUAGUACAGGAAGACCUUAAACAGCAAGGUUUUGCAAUAGAAGAUGUCAAGGUUGGAUUGGAUUUUGAUUGCUGCCGUUUAAUUCUAGAGAAAUUGGCAAAAUUUCAUGCAGUUAGCAUGGUCCUGUACAGAGAGAAUCCAGACUUAUUUCGCCAUCAUUUGCCAAGUAAUGUCUCUGAGCACUCAUCGCCCCUCCAUGACCUUUAUACAAAUGCCAUUAAGUGUUCGAUCGAAUAUUGUCAAACAAAUCCCAAACUUCAACAUUAUGUACCAAAGUUGAAAAUCUUCGGUGAGAAAAUUAUUCCGAAGAUGAUAAAUGUUUUCAGCCGCAGUCAAACGGACCGUUAUCACGUGCUAAACCACGGUGAUAUGUGGGUGAACAAUUUGAUGUUUCGAAAGGAUGCUGGUGGCAAUGUUGUGGAAGUACUGUUCGUGGAUUAUCAAGAGGGAUUUUAUGGUUCCCCAGGCAUCGAUUGGAAUUUUUUCAUAUUUUCAUCGUGGCAAAAGGAAGUGUUCCAAAACCACUUUGAAGACCUGCUGGCUAUAUAUCAUGCGACAUUGACUGAUUUGUUGGAUAAAUUGAAAUAUGAUCUGCGAAUACCAACUAUUGAAGAUGUGAGAAAGUCUAUACUAAAUAAAGGAUUCCAUGCUUAUUUUGUUUCUAAAGGUCUUGUAACUGCUACUUGUUUACUGCCCAUUUUGAUCAACGAGAACUCGGACUUAGCGGAUCCAUUGAAUUUUCUUUUGGUUACUGACGAGGCGGUAGAGAAUCGGCGAAAAGUUUUUGACAACCCAAAAUAUGGUGAAAGAUUGGAAGUUUAUUUGGAAUUUUUCGUGAACAAUGACAUUUUGUAAGAAUAAAGACUGCAGUGAGGAUUUAAAAAAAAAGUUGUGCAAACAUACAAAGUUUACGAGUAUAUCUGGGCAAUUAUAAAAUCAAGACCCCAAAAAGCGUAUUUUUGGUGAUCUGAAUGCGUUAAACUCAAAACUA